UAGAUUAGAGGACACACGAAAACAACAGUGUCUUUAGGCAAGCGAAUCCUGCAACGGUCCACAAAAGCAACAUAGGCAUACAAGAAAGGAAAAAAGCAAAAAAAAGUUGUAAGACACUGGUAUGGCGUGCCUGUUUGAUCACUGAGAACGAAAGAGAAAGUUUAGAGACAGAGUAUUUUCAGGGAGUGGUAAAGUUAGAAACACAACCCAUCAAUUAUCACUUUUCUCUUUUCUGUGUUUUUCUUUUAAAAUAAAAAUUCUUUUGGGUGUUGUAAUUUUCUUAAUAAAAAAUAAAAGAAAUAAAGAGACACCCAUCAUUUCUCUCUGCAAGUUUGUGUUGAGUGGUUCCCUUGAUGCUUGACAUCGGAGCUCCGUCCAAUCAUUCUGGACGCUCGUGGACUCUAAAAUAAGAGGUAGGGAGAUGGGGUUUCAAGGAAGUCACAAAAUUCUGCUGUUUGUGGUGGUGAGUUGGUAGGUCUUUCUGGGGGUUCAGUGUUAUAUAGAAGCCCUAUUUCAUGCUUACUUGCGGUUUUUGUGGUUUAAUUGUUUAUGGGGCGUUGUCUAGGACUUGAUCUAUAGUUAGAUAUGAAGGAGUCAAGGAAUCUCUUGGUCUCUACUUCACGGAUUUGACUGCAUUUUGUGCCUUUCUAUGGGAGAUAUUGGUGAGCUUUAAUUUAAAUUAUUUAGGAAAAAGAUUUCAAAUUUCUGUCUUUGAGGCUGGUUUUCUGUGUUUCUGUAAAGUUCAUAGUCGUUUCAUCUGCUUCCUAGCUGCUACGGGCAAGUAAAACUCAGCUUUGGUUUUCCAUGUUCUGUGUUCUCUUGUGGAAUUGACAGUUUGGUAACAUUUGUUUUGAUUUGAAGUUCUUGACCCUCAUUUUUUUAGAAAAUGAUUUUUUUCUCUACCAUUUUGAAGAACAAUUAAUUAGUUGCUUUUGGAGUCCCUCCAUGUUUUUACAUGCCAUAUCUUCAUCGAAUUAUGCUAUAAAUUCUUGUUAAAUAUGGCUGAAAUUAGACUUACCAAGGUAGAACAGGGUCAAACCAAAAUCAGAAAUGUUCCAAUUGCUGUGACCCCGGAAGGUUUUUGGUGUUGCCCCUCGCCUGUUGUUUUCCAAAAGACUCUCAAAGCUCAAAACCCUCUAAACAAACCCAAAUCCUCACCCCCACCACCCACCAAGACCUCUGUUCAGAAGAAGCAGGCCCCAAUGACUGAGAGAAAACCGACUUCCACUCCAUCAAGGCCAGGAGUUGUUUCUGAUGAUCAAAGAACUUUUGCUUCUGAUGCCCCUGCUCUAAGUGCAUUGGUUAAUGAGAGGGCCCCAAGGCCCAAGAUCGAAAAUUUACCUAGGAAGGUGGCAAUCGAGUUUGGUGAACCUGGAACCAGUGAUAUGAAAGUGAUCUUAAUGGGAAAGCAGGGGUUUUAUGUGAAGUUGAGUGUUCACAAGAACGUUCUCAUGGAAAAUAGCAGUUUUUUUGCAGACAAACUUUCUGAAGAACAGUCUAAUUUGUCCUGUCUUGAAAUCGAGGAUUGUGAAGACAUUGAAAUUUAUGUUGAAACGGUGGGAUUGAUGUAUUGUAAAGAAACCAAGCAACGGUUGAUCAAACAAAGUGUCUCACGGGUACUUCGUAUUCUCAAGGUUGCAGAGCUACUUGGCUUCAACUCAUGCAUGCAAUCAUGUUUGGAGUAUUUAGAGGCAGUCCCUUGGGUUGGUGAAGAAGAAGAAGAAAAGGUGGUUUCUUCGGUUCUGCAACUCCAGGUAGAGGGUAUUGGGGUCACCCCAGUACUGAAACGAGUCUCUUCUGAAGUCAGUAACUGCCCGAAGGACACACUCUUCCACAUAAUGGAACUGGUUCUAAAGAGUAGUGAGGAGAGAGGCCGACGUGAGAUGAAAUCUAUAGUCCUGAAGCUCCUUCGAGAAAAUAGCAGUGUCCCCAGCUAUGCGGGUUCAGCUGACAUCUGCAAUGAAACUAUUUAUAGCUCAUGCAGAAGCUGCUUGGAUUCAUUAUUAUCUAUGUUCAGGCAAGCUGCUGAACCAGGGUUUACUGAUAAACCCAUGGAAAACAAAGAACCUGUGUUGAAGCAGAUAACUUUGGAGGCUGAUAACCUCUCAUGGUUACUUGAAAUUUUAGCUGACAGGCAAGCAGCAGAUGAGUUUGCAGUGAUGUGGGCUAGCCAGCAAGAGUUAGCAACCCUACAUACAAAGCUUCCUGUUGUCUCUCGCCACCAUGUUAGCUGCAUUACGGCAAGGCUAUUUGUUGGAAUAGGAAGGGGGGAGCUGCUACCGUCAAAAGACACCCGUCAGUUGUUGUUACAGACCUGGUUGCAGCCUUUGAUCAAUGACUACAGCUGGUUACAACAUGGGUGUAGGUCAUUUGACAGGAAGGUUGUAGAGGAAGGAAUUGGUAGGACAAUCCUGACACUGCCUCUAGAGGAUCAGCAGAGUAUUUUGCUUGCUUGGUUGGGCAGUUUUCUAAAGGCUGGUGAUAACUGCCCAAAUCUUCAGAGGGCCUUUGAGGUCUGGUGGCGGAGAACUUUCGUUAGACCUUAUGUUGAACCCCAAGGAAAUCUAAUGUAGUCAGAUAGCUCAAUGACUUCAUGAUGGGUGGCUAAAAGCAUAUCACUGUGUGUUGCAACUUGCAAGUAAUGAUAUGUAUAAAUUUAAUAGGGAUGAUCUUUCACAAUGAGGAGGAGUUCCAUCUCUACUUGAAAGGCAACAGAAAAAGAGAAGAAGAAAUGUUGACGGGAGAAGUUCACAGAGUUGACAUGGAGAUGGGAACAGUGACAUGACUUGGGUUUGAAUCCUUCCCCUGAAUGUUCUUGACGGUAAGGUAAUACAGAAAGGGAAAGAAAAUGAACUUCUUGUGGAUUGAUGAAUGUGGGUUGAUUGCUUGAUGUAGAAAUACUUGAAAGAAAUGUAUUAUGGAGUUGAGGCUUUGUGUGAAUUUAAUUUUACUCCGAUAUUUUUACUGGUAAAAGCUAGAAAUGCAUUUUGAA